CCCGGGCCGGAGGUGGAGUCUCCCGCCAAUUGAAGCCUCGGGUAUAAAGCGAGCUCCCCGCACGGCCGAAGCGCAGAUGCCUCGCCAGGCCGCCCCGCGGUUGGCGGUGGGGGACGGCAGAGGGCCCCCGGGGGCUCCGGGGGCUGCAGCCACCAUGCUCCGCUCCCUGCUGCUUCACUCCCUGCGGCUCUGCGCCCAGACGGCCUCGUGCCUCGUGCUCUUCCCGCGCUUCCUCGGCACGGCCUUCAUGCUCUGGCUUCUCGACUUCCUGUGCAUCCGCAAGCAUUUCCUGGGCCGCCGCCGCCGCGGCCAGCCCGAACCGGCCGUGGAGCUCGACAGCGACGGCGAGGAGCUGCCCCCCGACGACCCGCCCGUCUGCGUGUCUGACGACAACCGCCUGUGCACCCUGGCGUCGCUGAAGGCCGUGUGGCACGGCCAGAAGUUGGAUUUCUUCAAGCAGGCGCACGAGGGCGGGCCAGCACCCAACUCCGAGGUGGUCCUGCCCAACGGCUUCCAGAACCAGCACAUCCUUGACUACGCGAGAGGAACCCGCCCGCUGGUUCUCAAUUUCGGCAGCUGCACCUGACCACCGUUCAUGGCGCGCAUGAGCGCCUUCCACCGCCUGGUCACCAAGUACCAGCGCGACGUCGACUUCCUCAUCAUCUACAUCGAGGAGGCGCACCCCUCGGACGGCUGGGUCACCACAGAUUCCCCCUACAGUAUCCCGCAGCACCGAAGCCUGGAGGACCGGGUCAGCGCGGCUCAGGUACUGCAGCAAGGCGCGCCCAGCUGCUCUCUCGUCCUCGACACCAUGGCCAACUCCAGCAGCUCGGCCUACGGGGCCUACUUCGAGCGCCUCUAUGUAAUCCAGAACGGCACCGUCAUGUACCAGGGCGGCCGCGGCCCCGACGGCUACCAGGUGUCUGAGCUGCGCACCUGGCUGGAGCGCUAUGAUGAGCAGCUGCACGGCGCUCAGCCGCGGCGAGUGUAAACAAUCAUUGGACAGUUGACCGAACUUGGCGGGCGAUGCCUUCGAGCCUUCGAAGCCCACGUGCAAAUGCCCCAAACGAGGCAGAUUUGCCGAGGGCCCAGUGACACAGCUGUGCUGAGCCAGGGAUGGCUGGCUGAGUCUGCGCCCCCGGCCAAGCUACCUGAAAAUUCCCCGGACUCUGUGGCUGUGACUGCCCCUCACCUGUACCUGCCUGGAGGGCUGGAAAUCCCCUUCUGAACGCGAGGCCACCCUCGCCUGGGUCCUCCCCCGCCCCCACACUUGUCCCGCAGAGGCCCCUGCCUCUCUCACGCCCCCUCCCCCAGAGAGAAGAGCCAGCGUGCCUUCAGCCAGGCGCAGAAGGGCCCCUCGCCUAGAGACAGGCCAUGCGCACCCUGAGCGCAGCGGGGUUCCAGCAGCGCCAGCGGCUGGCCCUAGUUGCCUGGCACCCACACCUGUCGUUUGCAGGGAGGGGAUGCCCUGCAGCUUUUGUGUCUAUUUCUUGUCCCUGAGUUGGGGGUGGGGGCUUGGGAUGGGGAAGGGUGGGCAGGGUUGUUCCUCCCCCCCCCCUUAUUUUGGGUGCUGGCGAGCCCCACUGCUGAUGACGAGCCGCCUCUAACUGGUCUUGACCACGAGGUGGUUCUGAGUUGCAGGGGGGCUUGCAGCGGCGCCUAAAACGAGAGGGGGAAAGGAUUCUGGGUUUCCGUGAGGAAACCACCAUCAAGGGGUGGAAGCGUGGGUUGGGGUACUGUUUCGGGGACCAGAGGAAGCGGGCUUGAGAGGCGCUGGCGAGGUUCGCAGCGCCCCAGGGAGAAGGAAGAGGCUGGGGCUCCUGGGAAACGGAAACGGGGUGUGGGUGGAGGAGUCCGGGAGAAGGAGAGAUCAGGGGAGAGCCUGGAGACCCCGAGCGAGCUGCCGACUGUGGGGCCAGGAGGUGGGAGGCCCCUGAUUCCAAGGCCAUUUUUGAGUGUUUUGCUGGAAAUACUCCCUGUAUAUAAACUUCUUUUACGCUACAAUAAUAAAAGCUUGAAGUAAACUGCU